AUGAAGUUCUUCAGCUCUAUUAGCACCCUCGCGGUGGCUCUGAUGCUCUCGGGCGAGGCCCUUGCUGGCCAGUUCAAGGGUUUCAGCAUGGGUGCCAACCGCGCCGAUGGUGUCUGCAAGUGGGAGGCCGACUGGAAGAAGGAUUUCCAGACCAUCAAGAGCUGGAACAAGGGUUUCAACGCUGUUCGUCUGUACUCUGCCAGCGACUGCAACACAUUGGUCAAGGCUGUUCCCGCUGCCAAGGCUACUGGCAUGAAGCUCCUGGUCGGCGUUUGGUCCACCGAUGACGCCCACUUCGGCCGCGACAAGGCCGCUCUUCUCAAGGCCAUCAAGCAGCACGGCACUAGCUGGAUCGCCGCUAUCAGCGUCGGUUCCGAGGAUCUCUACCGCAAGGACAUAACUCCCCAGAAGCUCGCUCAGCAGAUCUACGACGUCCGUGGCAUGGUCCACCAGUACAACAAGAACCUCAAGGUCGGCCACACCGACACCUGGACCGCCUGGGUCGACGGCACCAACGACGUCGUCACCAAGGCCUGCGACAUUGCCAUCACCAACGGUUUCCCCUACUGGCAGGGCGUCGCCAUCAAGGACGCCCUCCGCCUCAAGACCUUCCAGAACUCGUACUGGAACGUCAAGAAGCACGUCCAGGCCGUCAACUCCAAGGCUGCCGUCUGGGUCGGCGAGACCGGCUGGCCCACCAAGGGACCCAACUACCAGAAGGCCGCUGCCACUACCGCCAGCCUGCAGAGCUACUACAACACCGUCGGCUGCUGGCUGUGGAGCCAGAAGGACGCCAGCGGUUUCUGGUUCACUGCCUUCGACUCCCCUCAGUCCAGCCCCGAGGUUGAGAAGUACUUCGGUAUGGCCAACAGUGACCGCAAGCUCAAGUUUGGCCUUACCUGCUAA